AUGGCGGCGCCACCUCCCACCUCCCGUUCUCGCGCCCCUCCUGCUGGCGACGAAGAAGCCUCGACUGUUCUCAAACUCGGAGAAUUCCAAGACGUAGAUGCCCUCACGCAUUCAGAAGCCGCACUCGUUAUUAACGCCCUUGUCGCCAAACGUCGCGGCGAUCGCAGAAAUGUAAAUGAGACGGAGAUCUUGAGCAAGACGCAGGAAUAUCUGGAUCAUUUUGCGAGAUUUAAGAGGAAGGAGAGUGUGGAGGCCGUGGAGAGAUUGCUGGCGAGCAGGGGUGAAUUGGCGAAGUUUGAGAGGGCACAAUUGGGUUCAUUAUGCUGUGAUUCGGCUGAUGAAGCAAAGACCUUAAUACCCAGUUUACAAGAUAAAAUCAGCGAUGAGGAUUUAACCGAGUUAUUGAACGAAAUCACAAAGUUGAUGGGAUUCACGAAUUAG